AUGUCCUAUGAUUUGCAUGGCACCUGGGAUAAAGGCAACAAAUGGACAGGCGCGUCGCUCAAUUCGCAUACCAACUUAACGGAGGUUGAUCUCGCUAUGGAUCUGCUCUGGAGAAAUGACGUCGACCCAACGAAAGUGGUUUUAGGUCUUGCUUUCUACGGUCGUGCAUUCUCCAUGACGAGCGAGACCUGCAGUACGCCCGGAUGCGCGUAUGAAUCCGGUGCUCAGAAAGGUAAAUGUAGUCGGGAAGUCGGCAUCCUUCUAAAUUCAGAAAUCGACGAUAUAAUCAAGGAAAAGGGUGUCAACCCGAUUCUCUACAAGAAGGAAGCCGUAAAGGUCGCUACCUGGGGCAACCAAUGGGUUGCAUAUGACGAUGAAGAGACGCUCACAAUGAAAUCUGAGUAUGCUCAGACCUUGUGUCUGGGAGGUUUGAUGGUUUGGGCGAUCAGCCACGAUACGAAAGACGCUAAAUAUCACAAAGCUCUCGCCAAGGCGGCAAACCGCAAGAUCUCGUCGCUGCCAAUGACCGAUGGGUCAGGCAACGCUUUCGAGAACCUGGAAGUCUCUCAAGACCAAUGCAAAUGGACCAAUUGUGGAGAUAGCUGUCCUUCGGGAUGGGUACAUAUUAAACGCAGCGAUGAACGAGCCAAGCAAGACGAGUACAUGUACGAUGAGUCUAGCUGCGGUCCGAAGGGAGUCAAUAACUUCUGCUGUCCCGCGAGUUCAUCCCAACCAAGUUGUGGUUGGUAUACACAGAAGAACGGGAACUGCGACUCGACUUGUCCGAAAGAUAUGGUUGAGAUUGGAUCGUACAACAAAAACUGCAAAAAGGCGGGCACAUACCAAUCGGCUUGCUGUAGUGCCAAUUACAAAAGCAUGAAACUUUACACCAAGGGCGAAUGGGGGAAAUACCCCAUGUGCGAGGAAACAUCAUCGUGUCCAUCCGGAGACUCCAAGAAGAGUACCCUCCUUGGAAGUGCAAACGCAGGUAGUGGCCAAGCUAUCUGUAAUGCCUACUACAAAGGACAGGUCUUGCCAAAAGACCCGCCAAACGAACGCAAGUUCUGCUAUGACGACAGCAACUCUGAAGAACGGUUCUCAGACUGUAUCUGGUAUGCAGGAGUUGGUACCAUGCUUCCUGGCGCCCCCGCAAAUUGGUGUCUGAGUGGUUGUCCCAACAAUCGCGUACGAAUAGGAAUGGGCUACGACAAGGAUUGCGCCAAUUUUUCCUAUCGAGCACUUUGCUGUGUGCCGCACAUGACGGACAUCAUUCAGGUCGAGAACCCAAAGCUAAAUGAGUAUCGUAACUCUCUUGAGGAAUACCUGAAGAACCCGAGAUGCGAGGUUCCCGAACCUUUCACAAAACGCAGCUCGCCCUCCUUGAUCAAGAGAGCAGAGAAAUGGCCAUACGACAUUACUGGGCAAAUUUUACUUCUGCUGCUUACGAACAGCGCUGGAGGUGCAAUGCUUGAUUCGAUGCAGGAGAUCUGGAAUAAAGCAAUGGGAGAUAAGUACAGCUACCUGCAUUUCCCAUCCUUCCGCAAGUAUGCACAAAGUCUCAAUGUGUAUACAUCACAUGGGCCUAUCGCGCUGGCUGAAAAGAUUAAGUGCAAUCUUAAUUACUGGAACGCCCGCGCCUCGAACGGAACUAAGAAAACCAUUGUUUGCAACGACGUUCCCUGCUCAGGGGAAUUGUGCACCUAUGAACAGCUGGAGCGACGCAGCGAAACCUUUUCACCCUCGAAGCACUUCGAUCAUGACCAUGGCCAUCGUCAUAGUCAUCUUCAUUACCAUCCUGGACAGGGGGAGAAUAAGCAGACUACUAGAGACGUUGUACUCAAGAAGAGGGCUCGGUACUACGCCGCGUCUCUUGAAGGAGCUGAUGGAGAAACCGCGGAAAUUACGAUGACUCUACCAAACCACCAAUCUUUCAAUGACAUGGAUGGUGAAAUUCCAGCCAUGGACGAGGUCCUUGACUAUGAUGACCUUGAUGACUGUGGUAACCCGCGUAUUGCGCACUACCAACUCCCUUCUUCUAGAGAAUUUGAAGUCGAACAUGUUAUUGAUGGUCAGCUCAUUGCAGCGUUCCUGAGCGAUGCUUCACGGGGCAGACUUCGCAGUGGUGCUACCGCGACAACUGCGCGGGUAGCAAUCUCGUAUUUCAAACAAGCACGAACCGCACCCGUGCUUCAGAACGCACCACCACUACCAGGUGUCGGCGACCCAAAUACAGAUUCAGGACUGCGGUUUGUAUACGGACGCGUUAUGGAGAUCAUCGGGACUAGGACGAACAAUGUGUUUGUUGUGGGGCUCGAGAGAAAGAUUCAUAGGUACAAAACCCCGAUAAUGAUGAAUAGGGACCCCAUGAAGGAACAAGACUUGUUGAAGUCUGCUAAAAGCGGGACCCAUGAUGGUGCGCAAGAGGUGCUGGAUGCGAUCAGAGGUACUAUUGCUGUACUUCUAUACCUGAAUCGUCUGGCUGUACCAAACGUCAACGGAAACCUAGCCGCAAUCGCGAACAACAUCCACGCCCAAUGGGCGCAUUCUCAGGCAAUCUACAAUGCAGCUCACCCCAACGAGCCAACGACAAUAGCUGAAUUCUGGUCGGAGUGGACAAAAGAUGCCUACGGCAACUGGUUCGUCACCAAAUAUAGAACUUGGUGCGAGAGGACAAUCAAUACCAUGAGGCAAUAUUGGGCGACCAGAACGGGCGACGAAGCCCAGAGUAUCCUCGACGCACUAAACAGCUUGGAAACGUACUUGAACAGACUGCCAGAGUGGAUCGACACAACACAAAUUAUUUGA